AUGGGUGAGAAGAGGAACACUGCAAUUACUCAACAGGGUAUCUAACAAAAAAUACCCAUUGACAAAUGAGUUAAAGUGAACCAUUAUGACCCUCUGAGACACACACACACACACACACACACACACACACACACACACACACACACACACACACACACACACACACACACACACACACACACAGUGCAAAGCACCUUGAGAUUUCACACUAUUUUCUGUCUUUUAGGGAAAGGGGAACAUGGCAAGCCCUACCCUCUGGCUGAGGAUGAGUGUGACGACUCGGUUUACAAGGAGAACGGCUUCAACAUCUACGUUAGUAACAACCUCGCCCUGGACCGCUCUCUACCAGACAUCAGACAUCCAAAGUGAGUAGACAGACAGAUGGGUCUUUCUCUGACCCAAAUGUUGACACAAUAAAUGUGCACAGCAGAGGUAAUAACAUGUGUUAAUUGGGGGUCAAUUGCUGCACUACUAACGAGAGAACAUGGUGGUGUGCGUGUAAACAUUUCACUUCAAACACAAGAUGGGGUCACGCCUCGCAUCUCCAACGAUGUUGUUUUCUCUAAUCCCCCAGGUCUUGGUAUCUGUGUCUGUUCAAUGGCUUGGAGGAGAGGAGUAUGAAUGAACACUUUCAACUCCAUUGAUCCUCACAUCAAAUAAAUGUGAAAGUAACCCGUAUACAAUGUACACAAUUUGCACUGAGACUUCACUGCUAUUCAUUCGGAGGCGAACAUGGGUAAUAUCAUUACAUGGAAAAUGGCAGCUUACAUCGAUUAGGGGUUUGAGGUGGGUGGUUACUCCGCUACUCUGGUACCAAUCAAAGGUGUUUAGUUGAACGGUGCUGCAUAUGUAUGUCAGAAUGGCCCUAUAGGCUGCUUUUCGCAGUGAUUUCAGAUAUUGCUUAAAGAGGAUUUACAAUUUACAAGGUCUUUGAUGGAUUGAUCCAUAAUGGCUCUCAGGCAGCACUAGAAGGCAUUGUAAGAAAGAGAGAGAGAGAGAGAAACCACUGGCCUACGCACCAUUAGGCCCUCAUAGAAACAUAUUUUACAACAUGGAUUUUUCUCUCUCGCUUCUCUCUCUUCUCUCUCUCUCUCUCUCUCUCUCUCUCUCUCUCUCUCUAUCUCUCUCUCUCUCUCUACUGCUCUCUCUCUCAUCUCUUCUCUCUCUCCUCUCUCUCUCUCUCUUCUCUCUUUCCUCUCUCUUCUCUCUGCUUUCUGCCUCUCUCUCUCUCUGUGUCUCACCUUGCAAGAAACAAAUCCCCCAGUAACUCUUAAUGCAAUGGGUUCGAAGUCAGGUGGGGGAUUGCAGUAGUUUGCUACAGCUCUGUCGAUAAUGAGAACUAUUCCCUCCACUGCGGGCGGGCUGGAGAGGGACUGCAUCCCAAAUGGCACCCUACUCCCUAUAUAGUGCACUACUUUUCACCCUAUGGUUCCUGGUAAAAAAAAAAGCACUAUAUAGGGCAUAGGGUGCCAUUUGGACUGAUUCCAUGUUAGUGAGGUAGGGAAAUUAGAUGCCACGCUGUGCUGUGCAUACUGUGGAGAGGGAUAUGUGGACAUUUUCUCAUUUGAAAGCUAGUUAAGCUUAGGAUGGAAAUAUGGUGUUUUCUCCCUCUGGAUAUUGUCCCAUGUCUAAUCUCUACUGACUGUGUGACUGUCUGUGCAUGUGUGUGUGUACUUAGAGUUAGUGUGUGUGUGGGGGGCGAGGGGAUGUGUGUGUUUGUGUGUGUGUGUGGGAGUGAGUGUGUGGGUGCAAGUAUAUUCGACAUGAUGCACAGGAUGUACAAGGUGUGCACGUAAGUCUCUUUUCAUGUGUGAAAAUGGUGUGUGCUCAAUUACUAGUAAACAUGUUUUCCACACGGCACUCCGUGUGUGUGGGAUCAGAACACAUGUUGACAGGAAGUGAGGUUUCUAUGAAGCUAAAUCAGCCCUCCAGGGCAAUGCUCUUCAGUUCAGUUCCAUCAUCACUAAAAAAACAUGGCAAUUUCCUUCAGCAGGUGACGUGCCUUGUGCAGAGAUAAACCCCCGAGAGAGAGAGAGAGAAGAGAGGGAGAAGAGAGAGAUGAGAGAGGAGAGUAGAGAGAGAGGAGAGAGGAUGAGAGAAGACGAGAGAGAGAUGAUGGGACGAGACGAGAGAGAGAGAGAGACGAUGAGACGACGAGAUCAGGGAGAGAGAUAGAGUGGGAGAGAGAGAGAGAGGAGAGAGAGAGAGAGAGAGAGAGAGAGAGAGAGAGAGAGAACAAGAGAGUAUCUCUAUGGAGAGAGGGCAUCUCUGUUUAUUUACAGUCUCAUAAAGCCCUGCAGCAAUCCUCUCAGUAUGUGAUCUGGAACGUUGUUUUGUAGACAGUGGCUGAAUCAUCUCCAUCUCCCUCACAGUAAGCUGGGGCCCUGCCUGCUCUGCCUGUCUGUCUGUUCUGCCUGUUCUUCCUGCUUGUCUGUUCUGCCUGCCUGCCUAAUGUAAUGACAGCUAUAACUCAGAUACACCCCUGAUUUCAACUCAUUUAAGAGAUGGAAAUGAGGCCAGUGCUGCCACUAUCCUAGCUAAUGUUGUUGACGCAAAGCGAUACGGAGAAUAAACCUCACAGGUUAAAAACGUUUAAGGGAUUGCGAGGUCUGUGAAUGCUAAGUAUUUUUGGCAAUGUUUUAUUUCUCAGUCUGUCUGCACAUACACUAUCUAGAACCUAAAAUUGUUAUUUAACUGUCCCCUUUGAAUAACCCUUUUUGGUUCCAAGUAGAACCCUUUUGGUUCCAGGUAGAACCCUUUUGAAUUCCAUGUAGAACCCUUUACAUAGAUGGAACCCAAAAUAGUUCUACCUGGAACCAAAAAGGAGGAUAGCCAAAGAACCCUUUUAGAUUUAGUUACUGUUUUAUAUUUGGCUAUUUUCAAUACGUUUUCACUGUUGAAUUAAUUACAGUUUUUUCUCAAUUACUAAAGCAUUGGACUAUCUAAACUCAGGCAAAAAAAGAAACUGUCUUUCAAAGAUAAUUUGUAAAAAUCUAAAUAACUUCACAGAUCUUCAUUGUAAAGGGUUUAAACACUGUUUCCCAUGCUUGUUCAAUGAACCGUAAACAAUUAAUGAACAUGCACCUGUGGAACGGUCGUUAAGACACUAACAGCUUACAGACGGUAGGCAAUUAAGGUCACAGUUAUGAAAACUUAGGACACUAAAGAGGCCUUUCUACUGACUCUGAAAAACACCAAAAGAAAGAUGCCCAGGGUCCCUGCUCAUCUGCGUGAACGUGCCUUAGGCAUGCAGCAAGGAGGCAUGAGGACUGCAGAUGUGGCCAGGGCAAUAAAUUGCAAUGUCAGUACUGUGAGACGCCUAAGACAGCGCUACAGGAAGACAGGACGGAGAGCUGAUCGUCCUCGCAGUGGCAGACCACGUGUAACAACACCUGCACAAGAUCGGUACAUCCGAACAUCACACCUGCGGGACAGGUACAGGAUGGCAACAACAACUGCCCGAGUUACACCAGGAACGCACAAUCCCUCCAUCAGUGCUCACACUGUCCGCAAUAGGCUGAGAGAGGCUGGACUGAGGGCUUGUAGGCCUGUUGUAAGGCAGGUCUUCACCAGACAUCACCGGCAACAACGUCGCCUAUGGGCACAAACCCACCGUCGCUGGACCAGACAGGAUUGGCAAAAGGUGCUCUUCACUGACGAGUCGCGGUUUUGUCUCACCAGAGGUGAUGGUCGAAUUCGCGUUUUUCGUCGAAGGAAUGAGCGUUACACCGAGGCCUGUACUCUGGAGCAGGAUCGAUUUGGAGGUGGAGGCUCCGUCAUGGUCUGGGGCGGUGUGUCACAGCAUCAUCGGACUGAGCUUGUUGUCAUUGCAGGCAAUCUCAACGCUGUGCGUUACAGGGAAGACAUCCUCCUCCCUCAUGUGGUACCCUUCCUGCAGGCUCAUCCUGACAUGACUCUCCAGCAUGACAAUGCCACCAGCCAUACUGCUCGUUCUGUGCGUGAUUUCCUGCAAGACAGGAAUGUCAGUGUUCUGCCAUGGCCAGCGAAGAGCCCGGAUCUCAAUCCCAUUGAGCACGUCUGGGACCUGUUGGAUCGGAGGGUGAGGGCUAGGGCCAUUCCCCCCAGAAAUGUCUGGGAACUUGCAGGUGCCUUGGUGGAAGAGUGUGGUAACAUCUCACAGCAAGAACUGGCAAAUCUGGUGCAGUCCAUGAGGAGGAGAUGCACUGCAUUACUUAAUGCAGCUGGUGGCCACACCAGAUACUGACUGUUACUUUUGAUUUUGACCCCCCCUUUGUUCAGGGACACAUUAUUCAAUUUCUGUUAGUCACAUGUCUGUGGAACUUGUUCAGUAUAUGUCUCAGUUGUUGAAUCUUGUUAUGUUCAUAGAAAUAUUUACACAUGUUAAGUUUGCUGAAAAUAAACGCUGUUGACAGUGAGAGGACAUUUCUUUUUUUGCUGAGUUUAUAAUCAGUUCCACAAGUCACACGAUGUGAUGGAGAAGUUGAAAGUUCGGUAGUUAGUGUACCUAGCCUACAGAUGUUUUUAAAGCAGAUGCGAUACUGCAUUGUGAAUUUUACGCCAAAUUACGCAGCUCAACAUUUCAUUAAAACAUUAACACCUAUGUAUUUACCCAGUCAGGUGUUACACAGUAUGUCCUGAUCUGAACUGGAGAGCAGUGACCUGUUAUUAAAUGGCUGUAACAGCUUGGCAGACACUGCAAUGUUUACAGACACUAUAAGACACAGUGGGGAAUCAUAUCAUGCGGGGAGUGGAAAAUCAACACGUAAGGAACAGACUGAAGGCAUUUCCACAUACAGAAUGUAACAUAAACGUCAUUCUCAUCGGGUCUGACAACCACAGCAGUGCAAAGGCCUAGUUGAGAUGAAAAAUAAUUACAUCAGCAGUUGAUAGCAUCAAGUCUGCAUAAUGUUCAAUGUCAUCUUAUCAAGCUCAACGGAAGCUGUCAAUUUUGCUUCAUUCUUACCUGAACUGAACGGAGUCUCUCCUCACCAGAUCCCAAGACGGAUAUUUCUAUUCAGUCAUUUAUUCACUCACUACUCUCUCAUUCUUUCUCUCUUUCUCACACACUCAUUCCAUACAGUAAGGAUGGGAAAAUGGAAGUUUAAUUUAAGCCUAUAUGCAUUUAGAAGUCGUCUAUAAAGCCCCAAUCCAGCCCAAGUUUCCUCGCAAUACGGCGCCGGAGGGGGGUGACAACGGUAUUUUCCAUAAUGGUAUGUGGCGCUAUCUGCCUAUUACUAUGCAAAUCGAUGCUCCUCGCCUUCCUGAAUGGUAUUUCAUAAUGUAGAAUUAUCUGACAGGGCAGCUGGAGAGACCAACCUUGUGUUUUAGAGAUUGGCUCAACUCCAGCAGGAAUUCAUUUGCUUCCCCAGCCCAGCACAGAUGUUGGGAGCUGGAGCAUUUUGGUGGGGGAUUUGUAUGCUGCAGUUCCUUUUUAUUACUCUCACUCUCUCUCUCUCACCCCUCCCUCCCUCCCUCCCUCCUCUCGCUCUCGAUAGAGAAUCUCUGUCUCUCCCCCUUCCACUCUCGGUUUCUCUCUCUCUAUCGCUCCCUCUCUCCUUUCCCUUUUCACGCUCUCUCAUUUUCUCUCUCUCUCUCUCUCUCUCUCUCUCUCUCUCUCUCUCCCUCCCACUCCUCUCUCUCUCUCUCAAUUCAAUUCAAUUUCAAUUUAAGGGCUUUAUUGGCAUGGGAAACGUAUGUUAACAUUGCCAAAGCAAGUGAAGUAGAUAGUAAACAAAAGUGAAAUAAACAAUAAAUAUUAACAGUAAACAUUACACUCAGAAGUUCCAAAAGAAUAAAGACAUUUCAAAUGUCAUAUUAUGUAUAUAUACAGUGUUGUAACAAUGUGCAAAUAGUUUAAGUACAAAUGGGAAAAUAAAUGAACAUAAAUAUGGGUUGUAUUUACAAUGGUGUUUGUUCUUCACUGGUUGCCCUUUUCUUGUGGCAACAGGUCACAAAUCUUGCAGCUGUGAUGGCACACUGUGGUUUUUCACCCAGUAGAUAAGGGAGUUUAUCAAAAUUGGAUUUGUUUUCGAAUUCUUUGUGGAUCGCUGUAAUCUGAGGGAAAUAUGUGUCUCUAAUAUGGUCAUACAUUUGGCAGGAGGUUAGGAAGUGCAGCUCAGUUUCCACCUCAUUUUGUGGGCAGUGUGCACAUAGCCUGUCUUCUCUUGAGAGCCAGGUCUGCCUACGGCGGCCUUUCUCAAUAGCAAGGCUAUGCUCACUGAGUCUGUACAUAGUCAAAGCUUUCCUUAAGUUUGGGUCAGUCACAGUGGUCAAGUAUUCUGCCACUGUGUACUCUCUGUUUAGGGCCAAAUAGCAUACUAGUUUGCUCUGUUUUUUUGUUUGUUCUUUCCAAUGUGUCAAGUAAUUCUCUUUUUGUUUUCUCAUGAUUUGGUUGGGUCUAGUUGUGUUGUUGUUGUUGUUGUCCUGGGGCUGUGUGGGGUCUGUUUGUGUUUGUGAACAGAGCCCCAGGACAAGCUUACUUAGGGGACUCUUCUCCAAGUUCAUCUCUCUGUAGGUGAUGGCUUUGUUAUGGAAGGUUUGGGAAUCGCUUCCUUUUAAGUGGUUAUAGAAUUUAACGGCUCUUUUCUGGAUUUUGAUAAUUAGCGGGUAUUGGCCUAAUUCUGCUCUGCAUGCAUUAUUUGGUGUUUUACGUUGUACACGGAGGAUGUUUUUGCAGAAUUCUGCAUGCAGAGUCUCAAUUUGGUGUUUGUCCCAUUUUGUGAAUUCUUGGUUGGUGAGCGGACCCCAGACCUCAGAACCAUAAAGGGCAAUGGGUUCUAUAACUGAUUCAAGUAUUUUUAGCCAGAUCCUAAUUGGUAUGUCAAAUUUUAUGUUCCUUUUGAUGGCAUAGAAGGCCCUUCUUGCCUUGUCUCUCAGAUCGUUCACAGCUUUGUGGAAGUUACCUGUGGCGCUGAUGUUUAGGCCGAGGUAUGUAUAGUUUUUUGUGUGCUCUAGGGCAACGGUGUCUAGAUGGAAUUUGUAUUUGUGGUCCUGGCAACUGGACCUUUUUUGGAACACCAUUAUUUUUGUCUUACUGAGAUUUACUGUCAGGGCCCAGGUCUGACAGAAUCUGUGCAGAAGAUCUAGGUGCUGCUGUAGGCCCUCCUUGGUUGGUGACAGAAGCACCAGAUCGUCAGCAAACAGAAGACAUUUGACUUCAGAUUCUAGUAGGGUGAGGCCGGGUGCUGCAGACUGUUCUAGUGCCCUCGCCAAUUCGUUGAUAUAUAUGUUGAAGAGGGUGGGGCUUAAACUGCAUCCCUGUCUCACCCCACGGCCCUGUGGAAAGAAAUGUGUGUGUUUUUUGCCAAUUUUAACCGCACACUUGUUGUUUGUGUACAUGGAUUUUAUAAUGUCGUAUGUUUUUCCCCCAACCCCACUUUCCAUCAAUUUGUAUAGCAGACCCUCAUGCCAAAUUGAGUCAAAAGCUUUUUUUGAAAUCAACAAAGCAUGAGAAGACUUUGCCUUUGUUUUGUUUUGUUUGUUUGUCAAUUAGGGUGUGCAGGGUGAAUAUGUGGUCUGUCGUACGGUAAUUUGGUAAAAAGCCAAUUUGACAUUUGCUCAGUACAUUGUUUUCACUGAGGAAAUGAACUAGUCUGCUGUUAAUGAUAAUGCAGAGGAUUUUCCCAAGGUUGCUGUUGACGCAUAUCCCACGGUAGUUAUUGGGGUCAAAUUUGUCUCCACUUUUGUGGAUUGGGGUGAUCAGUCCUUGGUUCCAGAUGUUGGGGAAGAUGCCAGAGCUAAGGAUGAUGUUAAAGAGUUUAAGUAUAGCUAAUUGAAAUUUGUGGUCUGUAUAUUUUAUCAUUUCAUUGAGGAUACCAUCAACACCACAGGACUUUUUGGGUUGGAGGGUUUGUAUUUUAUCCUGUAGUUCAUUCAAUGUAAUUGGAGAAUACAGUGGGUUCUGGUAGUCUUUAAUAGUUGAUUCUAAGAUUUGCAUUUGAUCAUGUAUAUUUUUUUGCUGUUUGUUCUCUGUUAUAGGGCCAAAAAGAUUGGAGAAGUGGUUUACCCAUACAUCUCCGUUUUGGAUAGAUAGCUCUUCGUGUUGUUGUUUGUUUAGUGUUUUCCAAUUUUCCCAGAAGUGGUUAGAGUCUAUGGAUUCUUCAAUUACAUUGAGCUGAUUUCUGACAUGCUGUUCCUUCUUUUUCCGUAGUGUAUUUCUGUAUUGUUUUAGUGAUUCACCAUAGUGAAGGCGUAGGCUCAGGUUUUCUGGGUCUCUAUGUUUUUGGUUGGAUAGGUUUCUCAAUUUCUUUCUUAGGUUUUUGCAUUCUUCAUCAAACCAUUUAUCACUGUUAUUACUUUUCUUUGGUUUUCUGUUAGAGAUUUUUAGAUUUGAUAGGGAAGCUGAGAGGUCAAAUAUACUGUUUAGGUUUUCUACUGCCAAGUUUACACCUUCACUAUUACAGUGGAACGUUUUGUCCAGGAAGUUGUCUAGAAUGGAUUGAAUUUGUUGUUUCCUAAUUGUUUUUUGGUAGGUUUCAACACUACUUUCCUUCCAUCUAUAGCAUUUCUUAAUAUUAUUUAGUUAUUUUGGCUUUGAUGCCUCAUGAUUGAGUAUUGCUCUGUUCAAGUAGACUGUGAUUUUGCUGUGGUCUGAUAGGGGUGUCAGUGGGCUGACUGUGAACGCUCUGAGAGACUCUGGGUUGAGGUCAGUGAUAAAGUAGUCUACAGUACUACUGCCAAGAGAUGAGCUAUAGGUGUACCUACCAUAGGAGUCCCCUCGAAGCCUACCAUUGACUAUGUACAUACCCAGUGUGCGACAGAGCUGCAGGAGUCGUGACCCAUUUUUGUUGGUUAUGUUGUCGUAGUUGUGCCUAGGGGGGCAUAUGGGGGAGGGAAUGCUGUCACCUCCAGGUAGGUGUUUGUCCCCCUGUGUGCUGAGGGUUGUCAGGUUCUUGUCCAGUUCUGGCAUUUAGGUCGCCACAGACUAGUACAUGUCCCUGGGUCUGGAAAUGAUUGAUUUCCCCCUCCAGGAUGGAGAAACUGUCUUCAUUAAAGUAUGGGGAUUCUAGUGGGGGGAUAUAGGUAGCACACAGGAGGACAUUUUUUCUCAGUUGAGAUAAUUUCCUUUUGAAUUUCUAACCAAAUGUAAAAUGUUCCUGUUUUGAUUAAUUUAAUAGAGUGAGUUAGGUCUGCUCUAUACCAAAUUAGCAUACCCCCUGAGUCCCUUCCCUGUUUCACACCUGGUAGUUUGGUGGAUGGGACUACCAGCUCUCUGUAACCUAGAGGGCAACCAGUGGGUCCGUCUCCUCUAUACAUGUUCUUGUAGGAUGACAAUGUCGUAUUUCCGAUUUCUUUGGUGAAGUCCAGAUUCCGGUCUUUAGGCAAAGGCAGAUGACAUCAGGAUUGGAUAGUCUUAUCUCUCUUAACUCUUAUAUUAAUUAUAACUUAUAAUUCAAAGAAGAGCUCCUCUCGAUAUAGCUCUCUCUCUCUCUUCUCUCUUCUCUCUCUCUCUCUCUCUCUCUCUCUCUCUCUCUCUCUCUCUCUCUCUCUCUAAAUUAAACAAUAAUUAAAACCAGGGCUUCUAACCAAGUACCGAGUCAUCAUUCUGCAGAGACCAGUGAUAAAUUAGAACAGCUUGUCAAGGUUGUCACUGGGGCAAAUUAGCGGGAGACUCGUGUGAACCGUAAAACUGCUGCUUCAUUUGCCAAUUUCAGCUUUGUCGAGGCGGCUAUUAACAUGCAGAUUUCCCUGAAUUGUUUAUUAGGCCAGCUGAAGCUGGAGUGGCUCUUUUAAACGCUGAUUUACUUUACGACUCAGCACAGAGGUAGAAGGUAAAGCAGGCUGUGUGUUUGAGGCUGGCUAGCUUGCUGGCUGGCUGGAUGGCUUGGCAGUGUGACACACAGCAGGGAGCAGGUUGGCUUUCCAGAUGUAGGAAGAAGUGAUCAAAGACAUCAGCAUUAGAUUGCUACAUUUAGCCUAUCAAAGAGUCACUGUAUUCAAACAUACCAAAUACCAACACAUGCUGCUAGCUCUACAUCAAAUGCAUAAGCUACACGUGGAGAUGAAACAUGCACAAUGUCUCUGAUGUAUUGAACAAAUACAUUUGAGAUGCUUAUUUGAGAUGCAUAGCAGACAAGGUUUCGAUGCCACUGGGAUCUUUGUCAGGACAGGUCAAGAAUGUUCUGGUUUGAUGUAUUAAACCAUGGAGGCUAAUAGAGUCCCUGGUAUAUUGUGUAUGCUCUUUCCUCAGCUGCAAGACAAAGCUGUACCUGGAGAACCUUCCCAACACCAGCAUCAUCAUCCCCUUCCACAACGAGGGCUGGUCAUCCCUGCUGAGGACCAUCCACAGCAUCUCCUACCGCACCCCAGACCACCUCAUCGCUGAGAUCAUACUGGUGGACGACUACAGCGACAGAGGUAGGACACGUGGUUAACUGUUCCGCUACUGUGUGUAUUGGUGGUCAGGGUUCUUACACCAUAACCUACUCAGUGACUGUGGUAGGACCCUGGUUAAACUACAGUUAUUACAGUAUGGUGUUGGUAGGACCCUGGUAGCAGUGACAGGGGGUACGGGGCACUGCCCCCUACCAACUAAUAGAAUCUCACUUUGAUUGAUCUCUGUUAGUGUAUGUAUUUGGUGUCCGCAACACUGGAUGUUGUCUCUGGGGGCCUUCGCCUUGAGAAAAACCCUGUGUGUGAAACUAGUAUGAGCCAUACUCAUUUGUAUCAACCUCGGUCUCCCUCGCUGUUUCAACCCUGUAUGGGUUUGUUGGCUUCCAACCUCUUAUGCAAAACUUUCUCUCUCUCUCUCUCUCUCUCUCUCUCUCUCUCUCUCUCUCUCUCUCUCUCUCUCUCUCUCUCUCUCUCUCUCUCUCUCUCUCUCUCUCUCUCUCUCUCUCUCUCUCUCUCUCUCUCAAUUCAAUUUAAGGGCUUUGUUGACAUGGGAAACAUAUGUUUACAUUGCCAAAGCAAAUAGAAUAGAUAAUAAAAAUAAACAAUACAAAAUUAACAGCAAACAUUACACUCACAAAAGUUCCAAAACCAUAUUAUGUCUAUAUACAGUGUUGUUACAAUGUAAAAAUAGUUAAAGUACAAAAGGGAAAAUAAAUAAACGUAAAUAUAGGUUUACAAUAAUGUUUGUUCUUCACUGGUUGCUCUCUCUCUCUCUCUCUCUCUCUCUCUCUGUCUCUCUCUCUCUCUCUCUCUCUCUCUCUCUCUCUCUCUCUCUCUGUCUCUCUCUCUCUCUCUCUGUCUCUCCCUUUCUUUCUCAUCCGUCUAUGGUCAGGAAGUUGGUUUGGGAGGAGGUGGGUUUUACUCCCCAGCCAGCAGGAUGUGAUGAGGUGGUGUUGAAGGAGUCAGGCGCAGGAGGGUAAAUCACAGAAUAACAUGCUUUAAUCCGCAAAAUACAGGUUUACGCAGAAAUGUGUCAAACACACUCCAGGGCACAAAACAGGUGCACUGGAAAAUACAAGGCACACGGGAAAAUACUCCCGUUGAUACAAAAUACACGAGCUCCACCGAGCUUCACUAACCUCCACAAUAAACAAUCACCCACAAGGACAAGGGGGCAGAGGGAACACUUAUACACUGACUAAUUAGGGGAUUAGAACCAGGUGUGUGUGAUUGACAAGACAAGACAAUUGUGAUGAUGAUUGGGGCGGCAGUGGUUAGUACUACGGUGACAACGAACGCCGAAGCCUGCCCGAACAAGGAGGGGAGGCAGCCUCGGCCGAAGUCGUGACACAGGAUGCCCUGUUUUUCUCCUGUGGUGCUGUGGAUGUCAGUGUUGUGCAUAGAAAUAGAUUAACUUUCUAUAGUGGUGUGGCUGCUGCCUCAGGGUGAGUGAGAUAGAACGUAAGCGUUCAGUAGCCACACCACCGUGUCCGGACAGGGUCAGUCAUUGUGUCGACUCAGUGUACUCUAUGCUCCCCCGCAGUGUUGAGACGUUGAGACAACCCACUGGAACUCUCAGUCCACUGGCACACACACACACACACACACACACACACACACACACACACACACACACACACAAACACACAGAGAAUACUCACCACACCACAGGGUUUAGCCCGGAUCAUUCCACAUUCCAUAUUCCGCCUAUGGAAGCCCAUGCAUGUAUUAGCAUCAUUUAGGUAUUUUUGUUUUAGCGGGUGAAGAGCAACAACACAAACAACCUCUUGGUGGAUGGACUUUAGAGUGUGUGUUCUUAAUUUACAUCGGUUGAUGAUUCAGCCUAAUGGGGAAUUCACUGGUUGUUUAAAGGGGCGAUCCGCAAUUGCUACAUCAAUUUUUGGACUUGGAAUUAAUUAUAUAUAUACCCACUGAUUCUUGAAAAACAUAACUUAUAAAUAAAUGCCUGAUGAGUUUAGUUCAACUGUCGUAUCCCAUCAGAACCCAAAAUAUCAGCUUGUUAUACACCAAUGUUUGUAAACACCUAAAUGUAAACAAAUACAAUAUAGCCUCAAAACAUGGUCAAAACUCAAUUUGAUAUCAUGGAUGGUCAAUCCUUGCAUCUAGCUCUGUUUAUGAGAGUGGUUACAUUUCUCCAGCCCCAUCCCCCAGCUUUUUACCAAAAACAGUGGUGGGGUGACCACUUUGUUGUUUUUUCAACUGCGGAUUGCCCCUAUAAUGUUUGUAACGUUUAUGUUAAAGCUGUGCACUGGUCCACAGUUCAUCCAUGUAACCACUCUCUGUUGGUUGGUUCAUGCUGUAGGCCUAUCUGUUCUUUUUACAUACUGGUGAAUGUGUGGAGAUGGGUAAUUUGGGUUCUGUGUGUGUGUGAAUGGCAGCUUUGGGUGAGGUUUUGUGUGUUUGUGGGUGUUGUAGGAUCAGUGUUAGCGCUGGCAGAGUUGAGGCUUUCUGGGACGAUAGUCCUCAUGGUGGGACACCAGAUGGGCACAGCUGCUGCUCUACCCUACAGCUGAAUCUGUCCCCCAAGGUGUGUGUGUGUGUGUGUGUGCUUGCAUGCGUUUGAUGUGCUACUGGCCAUAUUAUAUAGUUACAUUUUUCUCCCAUCUUAUAACCACACUUCAAUAGUACCUAAACUGGUCAGCUGUGUAAUGCCUGCCAGAUAUCCUGGCUACACAUCCCAGGACUGCGUUCACCCCAAUCAUGUUCUGGUGUGUUACACAGAGAAGCUAGGCACGUUCUGGUGUGUUGCACACAGCAGCUAGGCAGAGUGGCCUCUUCGUGCCUGUGGAGUACAAUUCUCCAGUGAGGGCAGCGGAAAUAUCUAUGAACAGAUUUUUCACCUGAAGUGAGAAUAACAAUAUGCUCUCCUGGCAGAAUAGCUACAUUUCAAACCAAACCUUCUGAGAAAUAAUUUGGCAAUGUAUAAUUAUGAGUCAUAAUGAUAAUAACUCUCCAUCUGUUGCUCGAAUGAUAAAUAAUGAAAUCAACCUUUAUUUUCUGAUGCUACGUUCAUAACCAGGUGGCACGUUGGUAAUUUCCAGUUGCGAAGUCGUAAAUAUUAGUUGGAUGCAUUCACGUGCUUUGAACUCGUUGAGAAAUGCUGAUUGGUUAAUGGCCAACAAGCUGCGUCAACCAUAAACUAAAAGUACAGCUACCAUGCUUGUAAACAAGUUAUAGUGCUCAAAAACCAUAUUAAUAGAUUGCUUUUUAUAAAUAAUGUUUUGUUGUUGCUUUUAACUCCUGAAAAUGCUGUUAUCGAGGUAAUUUACUAUUGACCACUCAGAAUGAUGCAAAAUGCCACAACAGCAGACAGUGCACAGUUGUUUUCAGGGUGCUAUUCCAGUGUUUGUUGGCUAACAGUAGCUUAGGGUAACAGCAACAUUAUCCUAGGCUAACAGCACCAGUAGACUAGGCUGACAGCAACAGUAGCCUAGGCUAACAACAACAGUAGCCUAGGCUAACAGCAACAGUAGCCUAGGCUAACAGCACCAGUAGCCUAGGCUAACAACAACAUUAGCCUAGGCUAACAGCAACAGUAGCCUAUGCUAACAGCAACAGUAGUCUAGGCUAACAACAACAGUAGCCUAGGCUAACAGCAACAGUAGCCUAGGCUAACAGCACCAGUAGACUAGGCUAACAGCAACAGUAGCCUAGGCUAACAGAAACAGUAGCCUAGGCUAACAGUCUGUUGUUUGCCAUCACAGAACUGAUUCUGUUUCAACAAAAAGUUUUCUGGAAGAGUGUUUUGCAUUGAUCUGUGUCAGGUCUUGUGAACCCUCUGUUGGUGUGCGCCUGUAGGCUAUUCGCUAUUUGAAGUGGGGAAAUAGCAUACUGUUGUCAGGGCUGACCGGAGGGCUAAAUGUGCUAUGAUAGUAAAAUGCCUUUUCAUGUGAAAUGCAACCCAUAGCCCAUGAGAGAGAAAAGGAGCUUUAAAAUAAAACAAUCACUUUGUGCGUCCUCAGAACUGUAGGCUACAUUUACAGUGUGCAGCUUUAAACACUACAUUCUAAUGUGUAUCGUUUUAUUAAAUUAAGAAUGUCAUGUGUCAUGGUAUAUCCUUGUGUGUAACAAUGUAACAAAACAAACCCCCCCAAAAAGCCUGCGUCUAGACAAUAUUUCCCCAUGCUACUAGCCUUGCAUUUGGUUUGGUACUGCGGGGGUUAAUAUAAGCCUCGCUGUCUGCCUAUCUGACCUGUUGCCAUGCAUAUGAACCUGACGAGACUGAAAGUUUCUCUGAUCCAGGUCAAUUCAUUUAUCAGGAUCAUUAAUGGAUAUAUCCAAAUAAUUGCCAAUAUAAACCAAGGUAAAACAAACGAAAAUGCACAUAGUUUGCUGUCAUUUCAGCUACUUGAUGUGAUUGUGUGUUAGCUUUAGGUGGCUAGUUAGCUAGCAAAGGACAAGUAACGUUAGCCUAGCUAAUUUGUAAAUUGCGAGGUGCCGGAACAAAAUGCUCCAAAUGGUAAUAUUUGUUUUUAAUGAUCAUCUAACUCGGAUUCCAAGUCGGGAACUCGGGCCUCUUUCUAGAGCUCCGACUUUCCAACCUGAAGAUCACUGACGUCAUGAUUCCACCUCGAGUUGGGGUUGUCUUGAAAUCACCAUAAUACCCCAGAAAUGAUCGAAAUGAGAGGCUACUUUGACAAAGAACAACUGAGAAUCUGAGAUCAAUAAAAUGACCUUGUCUUGAAUCCAUCAAUAGCUAUUGUAGGCUACAAUAUGAAGAGGAAAUUAUAGUCCUAAAAAUGCUUUCCAGUUCUACUGACUCACCCAAUGAUGCGCAUCUCACUCGCUGGUGAUGGCCGAUGCGCUCGUGCCAAAAGCCUCUCUCUCUUGUUUUACUUUGUAAAAUAUUUGGAAGUUGAUCAAAUAUUUUGGUAGCCUACGGCAUACAGAUUAGUCUUCUCUUUUCAGCCGAAGCCAUUUGCUUUCCAACCUGUUUUGUCUGCAUGGUGUUUGUUCACUGACAGAUUUGCCGCGUGUUCCCGACUGUAGGCUAUGCCUUGUUAUUGGGGUACACUCCACAGCUAGGCUACGGCCACACAUUGGUCUCAAAUAUAGGUUACAAUGUUACGCAAACCCAUAAGCCAUUGGGGGGCAGGAGAAUUAACGAAGAGGCUUUUAUUGCUUUUAUUUGAAUUUUUACAUUGCAAAAAGUGAGAGAAAAAAAAUUAUUCCAAGAGAGGUUCCGGAUCCGGCCAAAUAGGUUCCGGAACGAAACAGUCCAAAAUGGACAAUCAGCUGGUUGUUACCUAUUUAUACAUUAUUUAUUUAAUCAUUAUUUAUUUAAAUUCUUGUCUCUCGUCAUCAUUGAACCUCUACUAGCUAGCUACAUGCCAAUGAUUUAGCAUAGCAAAGUGGAAUGAAUAGAAUGAAAGACUGGGUCAAAACAUGAGAAUAUAAUUAACGACCAGCCUGUUUGGUUAGCAACAUGUCGUUAAUAUUUUUUUAAAAUAUUUUGGCAACCGGUUUUAUAAAAGCAAUAAGGCCCUCGAACCCGGGAAUUAUCGUGUGAAAAUUCCCUCCUAAGGGCUGUUUCCCGGCCAUUGGCUUCGCCUCGGGCCUAAGAAUAGCCCUUAGUCGGGAGUUAUCACAUGAUAAUCCCCAGGUUCUCAUGCCUUAUUGCUUAAAAACUGGUGUGGUGCUUGUUGGUUAUAUUGUCUAUGCAUGUUUUACCCUGUAUCCUGGUACCUUCAAUGUUUGAACCAACUAAUCGGAGACCUGUUGGCAAGGACUCAGCUGAAUUGUGUCCAAAGGUCUUCACCUUGGCAGAACUCAGAGUUUCUCUCUCUCUGAGCUCAGAACCCCUCUGACACCUUGGGAGGAGAAAAUCACCUGUCACUCCUGAAGUGUCACCACCCGCGGUCACCGUGAAGAUAUCCAGGAAGUCACUCACAGCCUGAAGCUGUCACCACCGCUUUAUCUCCACGGCAACAUUUAAGGGCAAAGAUCCAAUUCCCAUCAAUCACCCGGCAACCGCCCCCUAAAAAUGUGAUGUGAGAGAUAAGAGAGAGGUGUUCUUAUUAGAAUAGACUGACUGACUGACUGACUGACAGUGUCAUAUCUGCAGCUCUCAAACAAGAGGGGUUGGAGCACUGGGGGAAAAUGGAAUAUGAAUUAGAUUCUAGAGUUCAGAGCAUCAAUGAUGACAGUUGUUUCUAAUUCAAGCUACCUGAAUGACAGACUCAAAUGAGAUUGGUAGGAAUCUCAGAACUUGAAUUUGUUGCUGUCUAACUUUUGACAAAUUAGAAAUAUGAUGAAAACGAAAUGUUCACAGUAAAUGCCAAAUAGCCUAAAUUAAAACUUUAGAGUGCUUUGAAGUUUUUAAAAGAACAAUCCUUAGCUAAAUGGAAGCCCCAGCAAAAACAUCCAGCUGUGUAUUGUGUGUGCUUUGUAAAUGUUUCUUUUUAUAGUUAAGCCAAACCACCAUUUGCCUUCCACAGGCAGUAACACAUGCACAUGCACACGCAUGCACACACACACAUACACACACACACACAGAGACCCCCCCCCCCCCACACACACACACACACACACACACACACACACACACACACACACACACACACACACACACUUCAGCUAAAAGUCUUUAGAUAGGAAAGCUGCUCUUGUGAAAUAUAACCAUUUCACAUUGCUUCUCAGGGUAUCUCCAAAUGAACCACUGCUGGGCACUCAUUAAAACAUGGGUGCAUAUUGAAUUCACUCCACAGAAUUUAAUGAAUCGUGAAAUGUCCCCUCAUUCAGUGUCAUUUAGAACCGCGAUGGCACUAUGCUAGGCACUUUUUCUGUUUUUCUUCUUAGUAUUAUGCAGGGUAUGCUAAUUGCUGAUUAAUUCAUCCCCCUGGUAUAGAUUAGAGCUGUCCCCGACAAAAUACAUUUUUGGGCGUCCGAGAGUAAUCUUUUCUUUCGACCAAUCGAUUGGUUCACAUUUUUUAAUUAGUAUUUUUCCAUAUACUGUAUGUACUGAACUUGUCUGAUACUUUAAGCACACUGUUUGAUUAAAUAAUUAAGACACACAAAUUACUCAAGAGGGAGCCAGAGAUCAAGAUAGCCUAACCAGAAGAAAAAAACCUGUUCCCGACCCUCCUCCCACUGCUGCUGGCCUUCGAAGAUUCUGCCUUUACGCUCCUGAAGUUGCUAGGCUACACCAGCGGUCGGCAACCUUUUCCAUUUGGAGUGCCAAUUUAUCUUACCAUUUCUACUGAUCUGCGUGCCUGUUAUGAGGCGUUUUUAUAUGCACAUUUUCAUGGAACAGUUUAAUUUAAUUUAUAAUAGUCGUAUUAUCUCAAAAUCAUUGUCUAUGGUUAAUGAUAUAAAUCUAAAAGUAACUUGUGUUGCUAACUGUGUAAAAAUAGCCUACAUAAAGCCAACGAAUAAAAACAUUGCAGCCUGCAGGUAGAAAAUAUCCACAAAAAAAAAGAACUUGCGCUAGCAAACUUGCAACAUUGUAGAAAAUAUUCUGGGCCAUCAGAGCACCAGACACAGCUGAAGGCUAUUUGUGCAAAGGAUGAUAAGUAAUUAGGUAUUUUAUGACUGGAUCAGAGCAUUACAUUUUUCCCUUUCAUGCCGAGUGGUUAUCGAAAGGGAGAGAGCUGAAAAUAUUUGCAUUCUCAAUUGAGUCUAAAUACAGACUUCGUUUACUUGCUAAUUUGAGGUCCACAGCUAAUUAGUGGUGGUAUGUUAAGACAAUCAAAAAUACUAUUAGACAUCCCGAAAUGGGCAUAUUUAUAGGCCUACAUUUGCUUGCAGGCCAUGACAACACAGCGUGGUAGCAGCACCACAUGACAACAACAUGGUAGCAACACAACAUGGCAGCAGCACAACAUGGUAGCAGCACAAAACAUGGUACAAACAUUAUUGGGCACAGACAACAGCACAAAGGCAAGAAGGUGGAGACAACAAUACAUCACAGCGAAGCAGCCACAACUGUCAGUAAGAGUGUCCAGGAUUGAGUCUUUGAAUGAAGAGAUGGAGAUAAAAUUGUCCAGUUUUAGUGUUUUUUGCAGCUUGUUCCAGUCGCUAGCUGCAGCGAACUGAAAAGAGGAGCGACCCACGGAUGUGUGUGCUUUGGGAACCUUUAACAGAAUGUGACUGGCAGAACGGGUGUUGUAUGUGGCGGAUGAGGGCUGCAGUAGGUAUCUCAGAUAGGGGGGAGUGAGGCCUAAGAGGGUUUUAUAAAUAAUAAUCAACCAGUGGGUCUUGCGACGGGUAUACAGAGAUGACCAGUUUACAGAGGAGUAUAGAGUGCAGUGAUGUGUCCUAUAAGGAGCAUUGGUGGCAAAUCUGAUGGCUGAAUGGUAAAGAACAUCUAGCCGCUCGAGAGCACCCUUACCUGCCAAUCUAUAAAUUACGUCUCCGUAAUCUAGCAUGGGUAGGAUGGUCAUCUGAAUCAGGGUUAGUUUGGCAGCGGGGGUGAAAGAGGAGCGAUUACGAUAGAGGAAACCAAGUCUAGAUUUAACCUUAGCCUGAAGCUUUGAUAUGUGCUGAGAGAAGGACAGUUUACUGUCUAGCCAUACUCCCAAGUACUUGUAUGAGGUGACUACCUCAAGCUCUAAACCCUCAGAGGUAGUAAUCACACCGGUGGGGAGAGGGGCAUUCUUCAUACCAAACCACAUUACCUUUGUUUUGGAGGUGUUCAGAACAAGGUUAAGGGCAGAGAAAGCUUGUUGGACACUAAGAAAGCUUUGUUGUAGAGCGUUUAACACAACAUCUGGGGAGGGGCCAGUUGAGUAUAAGACUGUAUCAUCUGCAUAUACAUGUUUGAGAGAGCUUCCUACUGCCUGAGCUAUGUUGUUGAUGUAAAUUGAGAAGACUGUGGGGCAUAGGACCGAGCCUUGGGGUACUCCCUUGGUGACAGGCAGUGGCUGAGACAGCAGAUGUUCUGACUUUAUACACUGCACUCUUUGAGAGAGGUAGUUAGCAAACCACGCCAAAGACCCCUCAGAGACACCAAUACUCCUUAGCCGGCCCACAAGAAUGGAAUGGUCUAUCGUAUCAAAAGCUUUGGCCAAGUCAAUAAAAAUAGCAGCACAACAUUGCUUAGAAUCAAGGGCAAUGGUGACAUCAUUUAGGACCUUUAAGGUUGCAGUGACACAUCCAUAACCUGAGCGGAAACCAGAUUGCAUACCAGAGAGAAUACUAUAGACAUCAAGAAAGCCAGUCAGUUGAUUAUUAACAAGUUUUUACAACACUUUUGAUAAACAUGUCAAAAUAGAAAUUGGCCUAUAACAGUUAGGAUCAGCUUGAUCUCCCCCUUUAAAUAAAGGAUGCACCGUGUCUGCCUUCCAAACAAUGGGAACCUCCCCAGAGAGGAGAGACAGGUUAAAAAGGUCAGAGAUAGGCUUGGCGAUGAUAGGGGCUGCAACCUUAAAGAAGAAAGGAUCUAAACCAUGUGACCCAGAAGGUUUUUUGGGGUCAAGUUUAAGGAUCUCCUUUAGCACCUCAGACUCAGUGACUGCCUGCAGGGAGAAACUUUGCAGCGGGGCAGGAGGAAAAGAGGGAGGAGCAUCGAGGCUAGUCGCAUUAGAAGGGGUGGGAGAUGAGGAAAUGUUGGACGGGCAAUGAGGCAUGGCUGAGUCAAAUAGGAAUCCUGACUUAAUGAAGUUGUGACUAAAGAGCUCAGCCAUGUGCUCCUUGUCAGUAACAACCACAUCAUCAACAUUAAGGGACAUGGGCAGCUGUGAGGAGGAGGGUUUAUUCUCCAGGUCUUUAACCAUUUUCCAGAACUUCUUGUGGUUAGACCCACAGAGAGAGAACUGCUCCUUAAAGUAGGUUGAUGUUUAUUGGGAUGAGUCUUGUCCUUGAGGCAGAAGUGAGCGAAUUCUGAUGGGCCAGCUGCAAAUUGGCUAUAUUGUAAGAAUUCAUGAAAACUUAAUUUAAGUUUAGGCAUUACGGUUAGCAGUGUGGUUAAGGUUAGGGUAAGGCUUGUAUUGUAUGACUUUGUGGCUGUGCUAGCUAGUGACCACCCUGCAGAGCUACCUCCAGAACAAGAUUCAUGACGAAAAACACUAACCUGCGAAACACAAGCCUGCACUUUAGAUUUCAUCCCCAAUUCUCUUCUCUAACCCUCCCCAUAGAUCCAACUGACACCUUGUCUCAACAGAUGCUAGUGAUGGAAGUCCCGGAGGCACUUAAAGCCAAUGGGGUGUAGCAUAAAAUACAGAAAUGUAAUUCUCUGUUGCCUUUUGGGAGAGCUGAGUGGUGAGGGGUCACGGCAGCUCAGCGGUAGAGUUGUUUUAGCUUUUGGCUAAAGCUACGUUCUGGGAUUUGUGGAUGUGGGAUUUACCUUUAGGGAGCUAUAUUUGGGGGUAAUUACUGAACAUUUUUACUCUGCCUUUUGGAUAAACCAAAACAGGCUUUAUGAGAUUGGAAGCCAACAGGGAGCCCUUGAGACCAUGCAUGCACGCAUGAACACACACGCACACAAAUACUCUCUCUCUCACACACAUAAACACACACACACUCUCUCCCUCCUUCCCUCUCUCUCACUCUCUCUCUCUCUCCCUCUCACACAGUCUAGCACGCCGUAUCAGACUGACAAUGAAUAAUUACCACUUGUUCCGUUCUGUGUGUGACGAGAGAACAGAGAAUGAAUGCAAGCUAAACAUAUUCUCUGCCAAUUCAGAAGGGUGUGUCCUUGGAAUAUUAUUGAAUGAUUCAUUUAUCUACCGUCCUGUAUUUCAAUCAAAUGUAGAAAGUUACUUUACAUUACUGAAGUUCCCUCUGGACCUCUCCAUUCCCUACCCUUCCAUAUUCAAACAGCCACUUUAAUUAAGGGCUGUAUAAUUAUUACAAUCUCUUCACUUUUCCCAGAAAACCUUGACAUGGGUACAGUAGCGUCAACCACUUAAUUUCAACUGAAAAUAAAUCAAACACCCUUUUAAAAGUUGUUUUGGGAGUGUUCAGACUUAUUUAUCUGGUGUGUUGCAUUGAACCUAGAAUUACUACAGAGGAACGCAAUUCAAUGACUGAAUUGACUGGGAUUUAGAUGGAAUUGACCCCACCGGCGAUAGAAGUGUCAGUCAACCCCAAAUGUAUAGGUAUCUACUGUAUCUUGUCUACUACAUUUGGGGUCCAUACCUAAUAUAAUGAUAUAGGUCAUUUAGCAGACGCUUUUAUCCAAAGCAACUAAAGCCCUAUUCAGAUGGGAUUAGUUUAACUGGGGGAGGUCAGGUAAUGUAAUUAUCUGGACAAGCACAAAACACCACAUCUGUAAUUUUAGUCCUGUCUGAAUCUGCCAUGGCAGUCAUUUUUACAUGGCAGGAGAGUAACAAUUCCAGCCAGAAUAAACUACUGUUUUUGACUAACUCCAAAGUCCUCUGAUAAUACUAGUCCUGUGCGAAUCGACAUCCCUGUGUUUUGAGAGAAAUGUCGUGAGUUUGACAGGUGUUGUUCGCGGUUUGAGAAAGAACACAACAACUGAUUCGAUCAAUUGAACGAAGUGCUGCGCUUAAGCUAUAUAUGAAUGGCCUACAUGUAUCAACUUUCACAGAGAAAUGCUUUUGUUUAUAUGUUUUGUGCGGAUGAAUUAAAUAUUGCCAAAUGCAUCAGUAAAAAAUAUUGCGCCUAUUUAAUGCAACCCUUGAUGUUAAUAAAUUGCAAAGCUGCAUACAACUGACCUAAACGUUUGGAAAUGAAGUUAACAAAAAAAAAAAUAAUAAUAAUAAUAAUUAUAUCCGAAUCGUCCUCUGGAAUAACGGACAUUCUGGAGUAAUAAUUACAUAACCAACGUUCUCUAGUGAUACUAGUCCUGUGCGAAUAGGGCUUUACAGUCAUGCGUGCAUACUUUCACAUACGGAUGGUCCCGGGAAUCAAACCCACUGUCUGGGCGUUGCAAGCACCAUGCUCUACCAACUGACCUACAGAGGACCGAUAUCUGUAUUUCUUCCCCUAACAAGACAGGUGGGUUUAGGACCCCUCUUUAAUGUUAUGUGUUAAUUAUCCACCAAGCUAAGCUAAUUACGACCUCCGAAUGGUGUUGUAAAUCGCCUUAAAAUGCCUCGAUUACGGUACCUUAGCAAUAAAUAGAAUCAAGGUAAGAGGAAAAUCCAUUGUCUUAAAGACUUAUGCUGCACAGGACGUGUCUAAUGUAGACUAAGCUUUUUGGGCUCAGGAUCAGCUUUAAGGAUCAAUUUGAAGUAAGCCGAAUCAAAGCAAUGUCCCUGUUUUAUUUGGCCAGACUAAAUGCCUCGACUAAAAUAUGUUAAUUCAACUCGGGCUCCAUUGAUCUGUCUACUGUACAUUGAGUGUACAAAACGUUAAGAACAUGAAUUGUGUAUGUGUGCCAUUCAGAGGGUGAAUGGGCAAGACAAAAUAUUUAAGUGCCUUUGAACAGGGUAUGGUAGUAGGUGCCAGGCGCACUGGUUUGAGUGUAUCAAGAACUGGGUUUUUCACCCUCAAUAGUUUCCCUGUUUAUCAAGAAUGGUCCAUCACCCAAAGGACACCCAGCCAACUUGAAACAACUGUGGGAAGUAUUGGAGUCAACAUGGGCCAGCAUCCCUGUGGAAUGCUUUCGACACCUUGUAGAGUCCAUGCCCCGACGGAUUGAAGGCAAAAGUGUGUGUGUGUGGGGGGGGAAGUUGCAACUUAAUAUUAGGAAGGUGUUCUUAAUGUUUUGUCCACUCAGUGUAUGUGUUCCCUUAACAUAUUAAAAAAAUAUGCUCUUCACCUUUGCUGAUCCAUUAAUCAAACAUACCCUUUUAUUUAUUUUUUAAACUUAAGUCACAAUGCAGCGUUCACCAUUCAGUAUAAUUAUAGUUUUUCUGUCCCAAUGUGAUUGUACAGGGAACAUUUCAGUACCCUCAUCAAAAGCUUUAAGGAUGGCUCGGGAGUCUCUCUCUCAUGGUCAAUAAAACACAAACUAAUUUCAGUUCCACAUGGCACUACGCUUCAACGGACAAUCCAACCCACACAGUAGCCCACUGUAUUCAUAAUGGAUUGUGAACGCCAUUGUCUUGUAGAAGUGCUUUGUGAAGUGGAGUAGGAACCGGAGUGUCACAGGGGCCAGGGAUAAAACCUCAUUGACUUAGGCACGCUGUGAUCUCGAACUGUGGGGGCGGAAACCGGACCGGAGUCGGCUUAGCCUGCGGAGAUAAGACGAAGACGUCCUUGGCCAGUAUUUCUGCUGCCUCUGCAAGGCUGCCUUUCUUCAGGGGGGAGAAAAGCCACACACUCCCCUCCUGGGAGAGUGGAUGGAGAUGGGAUUGAUUGGAGCAGGCAAAAGAGAGAGUGAUGUACUCUUUGUCCCUGCCACCCGCCUGCUUCCCCGCCUCUCCCAAACCGACAGGCUUUUCUUGCUUCGGCGAAAACGUUUAAGGCAAAAUCAAUCGUCUUGUCCGCGUCCUCCCAGCGCGCCUGUCGAUACUCAUAAGCGGCCAACCUUACUGUUGAAGUUCAGUUUGUGCGAGAGAGAGUCCUUCCAGAAUCUGUCACUCGUCAGUGAAACUUCCUCUGACAGAUAUUGGCUGCCUGCAUCACUCUCUUGCUCUGCAGGUCAAUAGCAGCAUUCCACGUCUGAAAUAAAUGGAAGCCUCAUUGAAGCCUCUUCAGCUAAUAGCCUUGGCAAAUAAUAUUCAUCAUUUACAUACAGUAUAAUACCAAAGUACGGUUACGUAAGUUCUUGGAAGUACUUGAAAUGUUCCAGUGUAUUAUGUGGUUUUUAGUACUUCUUCCAGACACUGAACAUCUUGAAGCUGUCUGUGAUCGUCAGAGUGUUUCCUUUGCGUGCGUGUGUGUGUGUGUGUGUGUGUGUGUGCGUGCGUGUGUUUUCUUUCUGGCUCAGAGAUAGAGGGCAGGAGGUCACAGAAUCUAUUAAAUGAUGAGAAUUCUCCAUCAGUUCUGAUAGCCACAGUGGUGUCUUUCUUUCUGAAGUUCUCAUUUUGGCAUUGUAUUGAAUCACACAAUCCCACAUCAUUUUUAUUUUCACUCAAGACGGAUUUCUAAUACAGUAUCUAUCAGAAGAACACACACGCACACACACACACACACACACACACACACACACACACACACACACACACACACACACACACACACACACACACACACACACACACACACACACACACACUGUAUGAUGUUUAUAUGGAGUAGCCUCUCUAUCCUCCAUACGCUGCAGAGUUAGCUGGCGGUGUGUGUGCAUGUGUGUGUGUCUACGUGCAAGUGUGUGUGCGUGCAACGUGUGUGAGUGUGUGUGUGUCAGGGUCAACCUUGCCAACCUUGCCAUUACAUACUAAUAGGAGAGUGCCAGCCAGCCCUGCUUAGACUGGCUAAGUCCCAGGUCCCUCCAAGGAUAAGGUUAUCUAUCUGGCCCACCUUGACCACACUGCAGAUCAACUACUGCUCUGGGCAACAAGGCAAGAGAUCAGACACACACCCCGGCUGCAUCUUAAAUGGCACCCUAUUCCCCACAUAAUGCACUACUUUUGACCAGAGCCCUAUGCAGGCCGUUCGUCACUACCUCUAAGAUCCAACCAUAAACAACACAGCAUCCCUAAUUACUUAAGUGAAGUUAACUCCAUCCAAAGUUACUUUGCCUCCCCAUGACGCCAGGCUCUUUUGUAAGUAUCAGUCAAUGAAAGGUAAAGGUCAAUGAAAGAAGCUGUCUUUGUUCCGUAGCUCUGUAGCUGUAUUUCUCCCCGUUUCCCUGGAAACUGACGUGUUGUACUCCCCAGGGUGCUGUCUGGUGUCUCUGGCUGCCCUCCUGGCCCUCUGCUCAGCAUAACUCUCUACCUUAACACACACGCACACCGACUUGACAUGACCGCAUCCUUAAGAGAAAUGUCCUCCGUGAUUGAUGGCCGUGCUUGAGGCCGAACCAUCGCUCAUUUUGGACACCUGAGACGACCGAUUGGAGCUGCCCUCGCCAAACCUUACACACACACACACACACACACACACACACACACACACACACACACACACACACAUACUCUGUCACCGUCGCUGCUGUCUCCAUCACAACAAAUGAUUCCAGACUAUGGCUAGCAGAUGAGCUACUCUCUCAGAUGAAGAUGAUGCACAAAGUCCCCGGCUUUCGUCCUCAAACUUCAGUAAACAACAUCACUAAAGUCGUUAGGUUGAGACAGGACAGCAUAUUAGUCAUGUAAUUCAGGAGCAAUGAGCUAGCACUUUUGGGACCUAGGCCUGCCUUACAGGUUAGUUUCUUUGUACUGAACCUGUUUGACUCCCUGUCUGUUUUGACUGGUUAUGGAGAAGUCUACGUAAGUUCAUGUUUUAGAUAUAUUUGUCUCCACCUAAUUUGACUUGAACCAUUUUCUCUGUGUUUCGUGGUCUUCCAUUAUCCCCACGGAAUUUUAAAGUGCAUCGUCAGUUGGGGUAGUUACCAUGGAAAUUAGCCUUGAAACUCUUCCAAAUGGCACUGCAAUUAAUCAAUCAUUAUGGGCACAUUUCCCGCUUUAUUAUUUGCAUCAUUACCAGAAGUCCUACCUCUGUCAGCCAUGCCAGUGUGCUGUGAACGUAAGUGGAUUCUAAAUAUAGCCCUGGGCUCAUUAAAGUGAAGCACUACUCCAUGCUCUUGGUCCUAUAGCAUGCUACUGUACAUUAUAAAAGGCUUCUAUGAAACUAAUAGAGAAUGUCGUACCUGCUCUUACAGCCUUACUGUACAACUAUGGACUGGGGUUACUGCUCUUAAUAGGUAGUACACUACUGUCUGUACCUUAUAAAUUAUAUACUACUGUCUGUACCUUAUAUAUUAUAUAGGCUUCUAUGGACAUCACAGAGAAUGCCUCCUGCUUUUAGAGCCUUUAGAAUGCACUGACUGUUCGCUGUACAUGCUUAGCGUUACAUGUAACUGGACUAUGGACUGGAGUAAGUGGACUUGACACUGUACUGUUUUUCUCAGUUGAUUAUACUUGGAUUUACCUAUAUGGAAAAUGAAUGCACGCAUGACUAUCCGCGCUGGAUAAAAGUGUCUGCUAAUGGCAUAUACAGUGGGGAGAACAAGUAUUUGAUACACUGCCGAUUUUGCAGGUUUUCCUACUUACAAAGCAUGUAGAGGUCUGUAAUUUUUAUCAUAGGUAGUACACUUCAACUGUGAGAGACGGAAUCUAAAACAAAAAUCCAGAACAUCACAAUGAUUUUUAAGUAAUUAAUUUGCAUUUUAUUGCAUGACAUAAGUAUUUGAUACAUCAGAAAAGCAGAACUUAAUAUUUGGUACAGAAAUUUUUGUUUGCAAUUACAGAGAUCAUACGUUUCGUGUAGGUCUUGACCAGGUUUGCACUAACUGCAGCAGGGAUUUUGGCCCACUCCUCCAUACAGACCUUCUCCAGAUCCUUCAGGUUUCGGGGCUGUCGCUGGGCAAUACGGACUUUCAGCUCCCUCCAAAGAUUUUUGAUUGGGUUCAGGUCUGGAGACUGGCUAGGCCACUCCAGGACCUUGAGAUGCUUCUUACGGAGCCACUCCUUAGUUGCCCUGGCUGUGUGUUUCGGGUCGUUGUCAUGCUGGAAGACCCAGCCACGACCCAUCUUCAAUGCUCUUACUGAGGGAAGGAGGUUGUUGGCCAAGAUCUCGCGAUACAUGGCCCCAUCCAUCCUCCCCUCAAUAUGGUGCAGUCGUCCUGACCCCUUUGCAGAAAAGCAUCCCCAAAGAAUGAUGUUUCCACCUCCAUGCUUCACGGUUGGGAUGGUGUUCUUGGGGUUGUACUCAUCCUUCUUCUUCCUCCAAACACGGCGAGUGGAGUUUAGACCAAAAAGCUCUAUUUUUGUCUCAUCAGACCACAUGACCUUCUCCCAUUCCUCCUCUGGAUCAUCCAGAUGGUCAUUGGCAAACUUCAGACGGGCCUGGACAUGCGCUGGCUUGAGCAGGAGGACCUUGCGUGCGCUGCAGGAUUUUAAUCCAUGACAGCGUAGUGUGUUACUAAUGGUUUUCUUUGAGACUGUGGUCCCAGCUCUCUUCAGGUCAUUGACCAGGUCCUGCCGUGUAGAGAUCUUGCAUGGAGCCCCAGACCGAGGGUGAUUGACCGUCAUCUUGAACUUAUUCCUUUUUCUAAUAAUUGAGCCAACAGUUGUUGCUUCUCACCAAGCUGCUUGCCUAUUGUCCUGUAGCCCAUCCCAGCCUUGUGCAGGUCUACAAUUUUAUCCCUGAUGUCCUUACACAGCUCUCUGGUCUUGGCCAUUGUGGAGAGCUUGGAGUCUGUUUGAUUGAGUGUGUGAACAGGUGUCUUUUAUACAGGUAACGAGUUCAAACAGGUGCAGUUAAUACAGGUAAUGAGUGGAGAACAGGAGGGCUUCUUAAAGAAAAACUAACAGGUCUGUGAGAGCCGGAAUUCUUACUGGUUGGUAGGUGAUCAAAUACUUAUGUCAUGCAAUAAAAUGCAAAUUAAUUACUUAAAAAUCAUACAAUGUGAUUUUCUGGAUUUUUUUAGAUUCCGGCUCUCACAGUUGAAGUGUACCUAUGAUCAAAAUUACAGACCUCUACAUGCUUUGUAAGUAGGAAAACCUGCAAAAUCGGCAGUGUAUCAAAUAUUUUUAUUUUACCCUUAUUUUACCAGGUAAGUUGACUGACAACACAUUCUAAUUUACAGCAAUGGCCUGGGGAAUAGUUACAGGGGAGAGAAGGGGGGAUGAAUGAGCCAAUUGGAUGCUGGGGGUGAUUAGGUGGCCAUGAUGAUAUGAGGGCCCCAGAUUGGGAAUUUAGCUAGGACACCAAGGUUAACACCCCUACUCUUAAAAUAAGUGCCAUGGGAUCUUUAUGACCACAGCGAGUCAGGAAAGCCGUUUUUAAGGCCCAUCCGAAAGACAGCACACUACACAGGGCAAUGUCCCCAAUCACUGCCCUGGGGCAUUGGGAUAUAAUUAUUUUGUUUUAUUGCUGGGCUAUACAGUAUAUCAGGGGUAUUCAACUCUUACCCUAUGAGUUCCGGAGCCUGCUGAUUUUAUUUUCUACCUUAAUAAUGAAUUGCAUCCACCUGGUGUCCUAGGUCUACAGUGAGGGAAAAAAGUAUUUGAUCCCCUGCUGAUUUUGUACGUUUGCCCACUGACAAAGAAAUGAUCAGUCUAUAAUUUUAAUGGUAGGUUUAUUUGAACAGUGAGAGACAGAAUAAAAAAAAAAAAUCCAGAAAAACGCAUGUCAAAAAUGUUAUAAAUUGAUUUGCAUUUUAAUGAGGGAAAUAAGUAUUUGACCCCCUCUCAAUCAGAAGGAUUUCUGGCUCCCAGGUGUCUUUUAUACAGGUCACGAGCUGAGAUUAGGAGCACACUCUUAAAGGGAGUGCUCCUAAUCUCAGUUUGUUACCUGUAUAAAAGACACCUGUCCACAGAAGCAAUCAAUCAAUCAGAUUCCAAACUCUCCACCAUGGCCAAGACCAAAUAGCUCUCCAAGGAUGUCAGGGACAAGAUUGUAGACCUACACAAGGCUGGAAUGGGCUACAAGACCAUCGCCAAGCAGCUUGGUGAGAAGGUGACAACAGUUGGUGCGAUUAUUCGCAAAUGGAAGAAACACAAAAUAACUGUCAAACUCCCUCGGCCUGGGGCUCCAUGCAAGAUCUCACCUCGUGGAGUUGCAAUGAUCAUGAGAACGGUGAGGAAUCAGCCCAGAACUACACGGGAGGAUCUUGUCAAUGAUCUCAAGGCAGCUGGGACCAUAGUCACCAAGAAAACAAUUGGUAACACACUACGCCGUGAAGGACUGAAAUCAUGCAGCGCCCGCAAGGUCCACCUGCUCAAGAAAGCACAUAUACAGGGCCGUCUGAAUUUGCCAAUGAACAUCUGAAUGAUUCAGAGGAGAACUGGGUGAAAGUGUUGUGGUCAGAUGAGACCAAAAUCGAGCUCUUUGGCAUCAACUCAACUCUCCGUGUUUGGAGGUGGAGGAAUGCUGCCUAUGACCCCAAGAACACCAUCCCCACCAUCAAACAUGGAGGUGGAAACAUUAUGCUUUGUGGGGUGUUUUUCUGCUAAGGGGACAGGACAACUUCACCACAUCAAAGGGACGAUGGACGGGGCCAUGUACCGUCAAAUCUCGGGUGAGAACCUCCUUCCCUCAGCCAGGGCAUUGAAAAUGGGUCGUGGAUGGGUAUUCCAGCAUGACAAUGACCCAAAACACACGGCCAAGGCAACAAAGGAGUGGCUCAAGAAGAAGCACAUUAAGGUCCUGAAGUGGCCUAGCCAGUCUCCAGACCUUAAUCCCAUAGAAAAUCUGUGGAGGGAGCUGAAGGUUCGAGUUGCCAAACGUCAGGCUCGAAACCUUAAUGACUUGGAGAAGAUCUGCAAAGAGGAGUGGGACAAAAUCCCUCCUGAGAUGUGUGCAAACCCGGUGGCCUACUACAAGAAACGUCUGACCUCUGUGAUUGCCAACAAGGGUUUUGCCACCAAGUACUAAGUCAUGUUUUGCAGAGGGGUCAAAUACUUAUUUCCCUCAUUAAAAUGCAAAUCAAUUCAUAACAUUUUUGACAUGCGUUUUUUGUGUGGAUUUUUUUGUUGUUAUUCUGUCUCUCACGGUUCAAAUAAACCUACCAUUAAAAUUAUAGACUGAUCAUGUCUUUGUCAGUGGGCAAACGUACAAAAUCAGCAGGGGAUCAAAUAUUUUUUCCCUCACUGUAAAUCAGUCCCUGAUUAGAGGGGAACAAUGAAAACAAGCAGUGGAACUGGCUUCGAGGUCCAGAGUUGUGUUUGAGGGCAGUAUAUGAUGCUACUGGACCUGUUUCCAUCACAGCAAAAAUCCAAUAAUGAAUAGCUGUGUGUGAUAACAGUGUACUUAUGAGACUUGGAUCUAACUGCUCCGUUUCCAAUGAGGAAGUUGUGUGAUAACAGUGUCCCAGUGACCACCCAGAUAGAGCAACUCAUCCAGUCCCAUUCAGUGAGUAGUGAUCUGAUCCUCUAGCAGGCCUGAGAACCUGACCCCAGAACAGAGCACUUUUAUCCGCCUGGCUUAAGACAGAUACCCCCCUCCUCUACUCCUCCUCCUCCUCCUCUCUCUCCCCUUAUCCUCUCCUACUCCUUCCUCUCCCCCCUCCUCUCCAUCCUAACAAGAUUGGACCUCCUCUAUCGCUCUAUAAAUUAGGAUGGGUUAUCUCUCUGAAAGCAUUCAGACUAGAGGGAGACCAUUGCAAUUAUCAUAUCACCGCUGUGGAUCGAUUCCCCAAUCCUUUACAAAAAUACAGGGGUGGAAGAAUACGCCCAGACAAACUGAAAGUUUUCUUUUUCUGUCAUUUUCUAUUCUCUUGUCCGCGUUGAAGGAUCCAUGGCAAUUAUUCUACCCAUUCACUGCAAUUGUGAGGCAGUUCAAUUCAACACUGUCAUAGCCCUUUAAAGAAUGCAAUUUAUCUAGUGGGGGUAUAAUGUCAAUUGUUGGAACUUUGUAAUGGAUUUCUUUGGCGGCUAAAUGACUGCUAUUUUCAGUUUCAGAUGAGGUUUUAGAAGUGUGUUCCCUACGGUAUGCUAUGUAGCUUCAGCAGUAUACCCUCAAGGAGACUACUUGUAAGCUUACAGAAGGUUCUGAACACAUCGUCUGCAUAACCGGCAAUUAUAUCUCACAAAUGAAAUUACAUGGGAACUAAAGGAGCUGUUCUGCCCAUCCUGUUGCCUCGUUUACUCUGAACAAACAACAAGAAAAAGGGAGGGCUUGGGAGUGACUCUAAUUGUGUAAUAUGGAGCUAAUUACAAACAGCAGUGGUUCUUUGUGUGGUGAAUCCAGUCCAGCUGCUAAUGCCAAUCCUGGCAGAGUUAAGAGCACCACGUCCAAACACAACAGAACCGUAGACGAAAACAGGACAGAAAAAGACAGAGAGAAAAUAUUAUUUUGUUGACCACUCUGUCUGGACAACAGUGGACAAAUGAAGUCACUAAUCAGGCCUGUACUAUGGUUUACUGUGGUUUAGGUACAGAAAAAGCCAGAGAGAACAAAUACUGAACAACAGAGGACUGACAAGCCACUCAUGCCUUUUUACUAUGGUUUACAAGUGUGUUGUGUUAUACCUCUGUUCAUCAAGGGUAGUUGAUUACGCCUUUUGUGUAGAUCAACAAUGGUUCACACAAGUACACAGUCAUGUCCUUUUUAUGAGAAGGCUUUUGUGCAGCAUGAUACCCCAGCUGUGCCUCACGCAUCACAUGCACAUGGUGUCACACCCUGAUCUGUUUCAGCUGUCUUUGUGAUUGUCUCCACCCCCUCCAGGUGUUGCCCAUCUUCCCCAUUAUCCCCAGUGUAUUUAUACCUGUGUUCUCAGUUUGACUGUUGCCAGUUUGUUUUGUCUCGUCAAGCCUACCAGCGGUUUUCCCCUUGCUCCUGUCUUGCUUAAGUUCCUGUUUUCCUGGUUUUGACCAUUCUGCCUGCCAUUCUGUACCUUGUCACACCACCCUGGAUUAUUGACCUUUGCCUGCCCUGACCCUGAGACUGCCUGCCGUUCUGUACCUUUUGGACUCUGAUCUGGAUUACUGACCCCUGCCUGCCCUUGACCUGUCGUUUGCCUGCCACCUGCUUUUGUAAUAAACUUUUGUUACUUCGACACUGUCUGCAUCUGGUUCUUCUCCUGAAACGUGAUACAUGGUUUGUUUCUUUAAAGGUACAGUAUAUGUUUUUGUAUUGUAUGCUAUAUUGGAUAGAGGAGACAGCGGAAAAGAGUUUUGCUUGAAUACCAGUGGGCCAGAUUCAAACCCAUGCUGUAGCGGUAUAUGUGACAUGGAGGCAGCGGUUUAGACUGCUAGAUCACCGUAGUCUAUAAAGACAUUAUGAUGACAUACUGUACAUUAUGUAAGAUUUGUACAGUACCAGUCAAAAGUUUGGACACCUACUCAUUCCAGGGUUCUUUAUUUUUUUUACUAUUUUCUACAUUUUAGAAUAAUAGUGAAGACAUCAAAACUCGGAAAUAACACAUGGAAUCAUGUAGGAACCAAAAAAGUGUUAAACAAAUCAAAAUAUAGUUUUAUAUUUGAGAUUCUUCAAAUGGCCACCCUUUGCCUUGACGACAGCUUUGCACACUCUUGGCAUUCUCUCAACCAGCUUCAUGAGGUAGUUGGAAUGCAUUUCAAUUAACAGGUGUGCCUUGUUAAUUUGUGGAAUAUCUUUCUUUCUUAAUGCGUUUGAGCCAAUCAGUUAUGUUGUGACAAGGUAUUGGUGGUGUACGCAAGAUUGCCCUAUUUGGUGAAAGACCAAGUCCAUAUUAUGGCAAGAACAGCUCAAAUAAGCAAAGAGAAAUGACAGUCCAUCAUUACUUUAAGACAUCAAGAACUUUGAAAGUUUCUUCAAGUGCAGUCGCAAAAACCAUCAAGCGCUAUGAUGAAACUGGUUCUCAUGAGGACCGCCACAGGAAUGGAAGACCCAGAGUUACCUCUGCUGCAGAGGAUAAGUUCAUUAGAGUUACCAGCCUCAGAAAUUGCAGCCCAAAUAAAUCCUUCACAUAGUUCAAGUAACAGACACAUCUCAACAUCAACAGAGGAGACCACGUGAAUCAGGCCUUCAUGGUAGAAUUGCUGCAAAGAAACCACUACUAAAGGACACCAAUAAGAAGAGACUUGCUUGGGCCAUGAAACAUGAGCAAUGGACAUUAGACCGGUGGAAAUCUGUCCUUUGGUCUGAUGAGUCCAAAUGUGAGAUUUUUGGUUCCAACCGCCAUGUCUUUGUGAGAUGCAGAGUAGGUGAACGGAUAAUCUCUGCAUGUGUGGUUCCCACCGUGAAGCAUGGAGGAGGAGGUGUGAUGGUGUGGGGGUGCUGACACUGAUUUAUUUAGAAUUCAAGGCACACUUAACCAGCAUGGCAACCACAGCAUUCUGUAGCAAUUUUUCAACAGGACAAUGACCCAAACACACCUCCAGGCUGUGUAAGGGCUAUUUAACCAAGGAGAGUGAUGGAGUGCUGCAUCAGAUGACCUGGCCUCCACAAUCACCCAACCUCAACCCAGUUGAGAUGGUUUGGGAUGAGUUGGACCGCAGAGUGAAGGAAAAGCAGCCAACAAGUGCUCAGCAUAUGUGGGAACUCCUUCAAGACUGUUGGAAAAGCAUUCCUCAUGAAGCUGGUUGAGAGAAUGCCAAGAGUGUGCAAAGCUGUCAUCAAGGCAAAGGGUGGCUACUCUAAAAUAUAAAAUAUAUUUUGAUUUGUUUAACACUUUUAUUAGUUACUGCAUGAUUUCCAUUUGUGUUAUUUCAUAGUUUUGAUGUCUUCACUAGUAUUCUACAAUGUAGAAAAUAGUAAAAAUAAAGAAAAACCCUUGAAUGAGUAGCUGUGUCCAAACUUUUACUGGUACUGUAGCAUAUUGCUCAUUUAGCAUUUCAUCCCUUUCGUUUCAGUGAUGUAGUAUGUUUGUCUAAUAUCUGUGUGUGUAUUCCAGUGAAACAGUAAAACUGGGGGGAGAGUUGUGUUGUGUUUGCAGCCCAGCUCUGCCCAGUGCUACCUCUGCCUGCCUGAGACUGAUGAAUAUGCCUUGUCUCCGAGAUGGGCCCAUUUGUUACCCGGCCCAGAUGACAAAUCAUGGCUACGGCAAUACGGGGCUAGUUGGUGCACUUGGCCACCUCUGCACAACAGAGCCAUAGAUAACUCCUAAUGCCUGACAUUUCUUUUAUGGGCUUGCAGGGCCAUCCCCACCGUGUGUCCCCCGUGGUGCUGGAAGCUGCUGGAAGUAUGGAUUGGCUAUAUUUUAAAUGGGGUACUAGGGCCGCCAUCCGCCAUGCAGAGGUGCAAUAGGGGCACACUCUGGGAUGGUGCUUUACCACAUGUGAUCUUGCAUUAGCAACUCCUGCAUAAAUUAGACUUGAUUAUUCCAGACAUCAAGAGUGUUAGAUGUAUGUAAAGGUAUAUAAAGGUAUAUUGAUUAUCACAUUUUUGUGGGGAGGGGGGGGGGGGGACCACGCGUCCCUCCUGCCGACCCAACAGUUUGGGAACCACUGAGCUACACCACUACCUGGCAAAAAAAAAGUUAUUAACUACUGAAAGCAUCACCAAGAUUUGAAUUCAACUACCACCAAGCUUAUAGCAAAAUGGAAUUAAAUUACUAGUUGAACUACACGAAGUUCACUACUCCCCAACACAUGUCAAAGGAACAUAGAAAGGCAGUGUUAAGAAAAAAGCAUAAGCUCUGCUCCGGUACAGUGCAUGGCAGUUCUCCUGUCCUACUCACCCAUUCCCUUUUUAAAUAAUGCAUCUCUACUCCAAUUAUGCUCACUACAUUUACCCAUUUGAUCUGAUAUCUUCUUUAAAUUAAAAUAUCCCUCUCUUCUCCUCUCCUCUCUCAGUUGUGGCUUUGAUUUCAGCUUUGAUAAAACUCCCCUUGACUCAGAUCCCAACAUGGUGCACUGUAGGCGUGUUUAAUAGUGUACUCUACAUGCAACAAGAGUGGACAACAGUGAGGAGGGGGGAGGUGUCCCAAAUAGCACCCUAUUCCCUAUAUACUGUAGUGCACUCGUUUUGACCAGCUUUGGUCGAAGGAAGUGCACUAUAAUAUAUAGGGAAUAGGGUGCCAUUUUGGGUAACAACCAGGGUUAAGGUCUGAAGGACUGGAGGAUCCACUUGGCUCAGUUUUUAGCCUACAGUUUGGCAGCCUCAUGCGAUGCAAAAAGCUAAUCUCUGUUCUGAAGUGACUUCACUGCACUAGCUACUUGCUAGUUUAACUAAUAGGAUUUUUAAUUAGUUUCUCAGAUGACAACUGACAGUGAUUACAAUAAUGGUGUCUAUCAGUGUUAGUCAAACACGACUUUGUUAAUUAGAUUCGGCGCUCUGAGCAGCUCCAUUAAAAUGCUGCAUGCGGUUGACAGUUGGGAACGCAGGGCUUCCUGUACAUGUGUACCUACCUGUGUUAGUACUACUACUGUAUUCCUUUCCAUCUCCCAUCUCCCCAUCGCUGGUGUGGUGUGUUUUUCCCACAUCUGGUUCAGAUAGUAUUUUAAAUCUUUCUAAUACUUUUUUUUUUGCGUUUGAUUGAGCCUGCCUGGUGCCAGAUGGGUGUGGUUUGCACUUUUGGGACACUUCUAUUGGUUCCAUUGCGCCAGGCAGUCAAAUCAAAUCAUAUUUUAUUUGUCACAUGCUUUGUAAACAACAGGUGUGGACUAACAUUGAAAUGCUUACUUACGGUUCCUUUUUUCAACAAUAUAGAGUUAAAGAUCAAGAGAAAAAAAGACUAAGUGACACGAGGGAUAAAUACACAGUGAAUAACGAAUAAUAAUAAUGAGUCAAAAUAACAUGGCUAUAUACAGCAAGGCAAGCUCAAUCAAGCAAAACUAAAGCAUUUGAAAUGAUUCCAAUUACUAUUUGAACCCAGGUCUGGUACCUGCCUGUGUUGGUAACUUAGUACCACUAGUAUAUUCCUGUCCCAUACUCCCAUCGCUGAUGGUGGUGUUGUGGUGUGUUGGUCCCAACUCUACCGUGGAGCUUGAGGGUAUGGCAGGCAGAGUUGGCUGACUCAGAGAGAGAGAACAUACUGUUCUAGCAGCAGAGAAAAAAACAGACAAGUAGUUGAUUGAGAAGGAUAUUAUCCAUCCUGCUCAACUCAAACAUGUAGGAGGAGUCAGCCCUGAGGACCCACCUCUCUAUCCUAACAGAUAGGAGGAGUCAGCCCUGAGGACCCACCUCUCUAUCCUAACAGAUAGGAGGAGUCAGCCCUGAGGACCCACCUCUCUAUCCUAACAAGGUUGAACUCAGCACAAAGAGAAGAGGAGAGAAGAGAGAGCACCUUUCUGCUGAGUUAAGGCUGACGAGGAGGAGUCCAUCCCACUCUUUCCCUCUGGUCUCUCUCUCCCUCUUUCUCUUUCUCCAUCUCUCUCCUGCGGUAGUGGCCUGUUGGUUGUCUGCUCCUGCUUUGUUUAACAUUUGUCUGGCAGGAACAUGUAUUAUUCAUCUGGACUGGUUAGCAGCAGGAUUAUUCCUGCCAUAGCCUGUUUUCUCUCUGUCCACAGUGAUGCAGCGUCGAUGGCUUAAUGAUAGAACAGGAAGGGCUCUGGGAGACAGGCCAUGCAUCUGGUGCAGGGUGACACCUGCCAGAGAGGAGAGGUUCUAAUGGGAGCAGAGCAGCUGGACCAGAGAGCAGACAGACCAGAGGAGAGGAGAGGAGAGGAGAGGAGAGGAGAGGAGAGGAGAGGAGAGGAGAGGAGAGGAGAGGAGAGGAGAGGAGAGGAGAGGAGAGGAGAGGAGAGGCGGGGCCAUAA